AUGGCCAGCAGUAGCAGGAUGGACUCGAACGUCCCCUCACAACCCAAUCUAAGGCUAACGAUCAUCGCUGCCGAUGGGCUAUACAAGCGUGAUGUCUUCCGAUUUCCUGACCCCUUCGCCGUGGCGACCCUUAACGGCGAACAAACCAAAACAACGAGCGUCAUCAAGAGAACAUUGAAUCCAUACUGGAACGAGAGCUUCGAUCUGCGUGCUGGCGAGGAUAGCAUCCUGGCAGUUCAAAUCUUCGACCAGAAGAAGUUCAAGAAGAAGGAUCAGGGGUUCUUGGGCGUUAUAAAUGUUCGAGUUGGAGAUGUUAUUGAACUUGGUGGUGGCCAGGUUGAUGAAAUGCUUACUCGGGACCUCAAAAAGUCCACCGACAACUUGGUCGUCCAUGGAAAGCUUAUCAUCAACUUAUCAACCAACUUAGAUGCACCUCCGCGAGGUAAUUUGGCACCAGUGAACCCAUCCAAUUCGAGUCGGCCGUCUCUCCUAAACACACCCCAAGGAUCUACUUCAUCUGCAUUCCCAGGUGCCGCCUCGCCGUCUCAAACUCCAAAGCCACCUGGAGUUAUUAUGGCAAAUGGGUCUAUGUCAACAGGACCAACUCCCGGACACGCACCCGCUGCUGGCAGUGCAGGUCAUCCGAGCGCCAGUACCCACGUAAAUGGUGCACCACCAGCUCGACAGACUGGUGCGUUUAGCUCUUUCGAAGAUGCACAAGGGAGAUUACCCGCUGGUUGGGAAAGAAGGGAGGACAAUCUCGGGAGGACAUACUAUGUGGAUCAUAAUACCAGAACCACGAGCUGGACCAGGCCAUCGGCCUCUGGCACAGCUGAGACCCAGCGGAAUGAGCGAGAUGCGAAUACCCAAGUCGAGCGCCAAAGACAUCAGAAUCGAACCUUGCCCGAGGAUCGAACUGGUGCCAACUCUCCAAGCUUUCAACAGCAACAACAACCGCAGCAACCUGCAAAUGCGGCCACCAUGGUCGCAACUGGGGCAACCACAGCUGGCACUGGGGAGCUACCACCGCUCUGGGAACAAAGACACACUCCUGAAGGUCGCCCAUACUUUGUUGACCAUAACACUAGAACCACCACCUGGGUCGAUCCUAGACGCCAACAAUAUAUCCGUAUGUAUGGUGGCCAAAAUGCAAACAAUACCAUUCAACAGCAGCCAGUUUCCCAACUUGGCCCUCUCCCCAGUGGAUGGGAAAUGCGUCUCACGAAUACCGCACGAGUCUAUUUCGUGGAUCACAAUACCAAAACAACAACCUGGGACGAUCCACGACUUCCGUCGUCGCUCGAUCAAAAUGUUCCUCAGUACAAGCGUGACUUCCGGCGAAAGCUUAUCUAUUUCAGAUCCCAACCGGCCCUCCGGAUUCUUUCUGGUCAAUGCCAUGUCAAGGUCCGAAGAUCUCAUAUUUUCGAGGACUCCUAUGCUGAAAUCAUGCGUCAAUCCGCCACGGAUUUGAAGAAACGGUUAAUGAUCAAGUUCGACGGCGAGGAUGGUCUUGAUUAUGGCGGUCUUUCGCGAGAGUUCUUCUUCCUUCUGUCCCAUGAAAUGUUCAAUCCCUUCUAUUGCUUGUUCGAAUACUCCGCCCACGACAACUACACCCUUCAAAUCAAUCCUCACUCUGGUAUCAACCCUGAGCAUCUCAACUACUUCAAAUUCAUUGGCCGCGUGGUUGGCCUGGCUAUUUUCCAUCGUCGAUUCCUGGAUGCAUUCUUCAUCGGCGCUUUGUACAAGAUGAUGCUUAACAAGGCUGUAACAUUGUCAGAUAUGGAAGGUGUUGACGCAGAUUUCCACCGCAGUCUUCAGUGGAUGUUAGAUAACCCGAUUGAGGGUGUUUUGGAACAGACCUUUUCAACUGAAGAUGAGCGGUUCGGAGUGACCCAAGUGGAAGACCUCAAGCCAGGUGGAAGAGACAUUGAUGUUACAGAUGCGAACAAGAAAGAAUACGUCGAUCUGAUGGUCAAGUGGAGGAUCCAAAAGCGCAUCGAUGAGCAAUUCCAAGCAUUCAUUGCUGGGUUCCAUGAAUUGAUCCCAGCCGAACUGGUUAACGUUUUCGACGAGCGAGAACUCGAGUUGUUGAUCGGUGGUAUUGCAGAGAUUGAUGUUGAUGACUGGAAGAAGCACACCGACUAUAGAGGCUACACCGAGUCGGAUGAAGUCAUCAAGUUCUUCUGGCAGACGAUCAGGAGUUGGGAUGGUGAACAGAAGUCUCGCCUGCUCCAAUUUGCUACUGGAACUUCUCGUAUUCCAGUCAACGGAUUCAAGGAUCUCCAAGGUAGCGACGGUCCAAGACGCUUCACGAUCGAGAAGCAGGGCGAGGUCACCAACUUGCCUAAGUCUCACACAUGCUUCAAUCGCCUGGAUCUACCACCAUACAAGAGUCUUGAGCAGUUGCAAACGAAAUUGACCAUGGCGGUCGAAGAAACGAUGGGUUUUGGGCAGGAAUAA